UACAUGCAUACUUCUUGAUGCUUCGUGCCGGGGCACUUAAUUGACACCCGACCCGCAUAAGACCCGUUUCAAGAACUGAGCUAUCAGGCCACCGCCGUUUGUGUAGUCCUAUGAAUUGAGCAGGAAAGACUACGGUAGAUUGCAGAAAGGAAAACAUUUUCGCCCGUUGAGGUAAAAGGAAGAGAACCCACAGGCCCUAUGGAUUCAUCGCGUCCAGAUGGAGAAAACAAUGGCCUCACCAGCCUCGCAACCUCUGCUACUGAUGUGGCUUGGUUUGUUCUUGGCCCCGACCAACAACCCAUAGGCCCUUAUAGUUCUUCUGAAUUGCGAGAGCAUUACUCCAGCGGGUAUCUUUCAGACGCUACGCUUGUGUGGUUCCAAGGGGCAACAAACUGGCAGCCAGUGUCCUCCGUCCCUGGAUUGUUGACUGAUCUACCUGUGCAAAAUGCUCAAAUUCAGUUGGCUGUACCCAAGACAUCCAAUGAGGAGGAUGAGUUUGAAAAAUGGCAAAGGGAGGUGCGAGAGGCUGAAGCAGAAGCAGAGAAAGCAGUAACUAUCGAGCCUGAAAAGCCUUCAACACCACCAGAGGGUGAGGAGGAAUUUACUGAUGAUGAUGGCACUUUGUACAAGUGGGAUAGGACGCUUAGAGCUUGGGUCCCUCAGGAAGACAAUUCUGAAAAUACUGCCAAUUAUGGUGUAGAUGAUAUGAUUUUUGUUAAAGAAGAGGAAGUUUUCCCAACUAUUAAAGCUGAUGAUUUCCCUGUAGAGGAAGAAAUCGAGGGUACCAGUGAUACUGUGGAAGCAAACCCUAAUGGCAAGAGAAAGUUGCCUGAGAAAACCGCUGAGAAAAAGGAAGCAAAUAAGCCUCCUGACAGUUGGUUUGAGUUGAAAGUUAAUACACAUGUUUACGUAACUGGGUUGCCAGAUGAUGUUACUGUUGAUGAGGUUGUAGAAGUAUUCUCGAAAUGUGGAAUCAUAAAGGAGGAUCCUGAAAUGAAGAAGCCUCGUGUAAAGAUCUAUGUUGACAAAGAAAGUGGUAGGCAAAAGGGGGAUGCACUCGUGACCUUUUUAAAGGAGCCUUCGGUAGAUCUGGCAAUCCAAAUUUUGGAUGGUACACCUUUCCGGGCUGGUGGCAAAAUUCCUAUGUCUGUUACAAAAGCUAAGUUCGAGCAGAAAGGGGAGACAUUCUUACCGAAGAAAGCGGAUAAGAGAAAGAAGAAAAAGCUACAGCACCUUGAACAGAAAAUGCUUGGCUGGGGUGGUCUAGAUGAUGCCAAGUUGUUGAUUCCAGCUACAGUAAUUCUGCGGUAUAUGUUCACCCCCGAUGAAAUCAGGGCUGAUGAGAACUUACGUUCUGAAUUGGAGGAAGAUGUUAGAGAUGAGUGUACAAAGCUUGGUCCGUUGGAGUCAGUAAAGGUGUGUGAGAAUCACCCUCAGGGUGUUAUUUUAGUCAAAUUUAAGGACAGAAAGGAUGCUCUGAAGUGCAUUGAGUUGAUGAAUGGACGAUGGUUUGGUAAGAGACAGAUACAUGCUAGUGAGGAUGAUGGAUCUGUUAACCAUGCUUUGGUACGGGAUUUGGAAGCAGAAGCUGAUAGGUUGGAGCAGUUUGGAGCUGAACUAGAAACUGAUUGAGGUGUCUUUUAUUCUCGUGUACUGCCUCAACGCAACAGUGAUUAACCUCUUUGUAGAAUCCAGAAAAAGGAGCUUGUACAUGAUCAUGACGAACUUCUUCUAGUGCAAACAAGUAGAAACUAAUGCUGGUUUUUAUCCUUGUAUCAAUGCUACAGAGUGGUUUUGCAGGCAGUGACUGUCUUGCACAUUCAUUACGGUUUCUUUGUAUGUUGAGAAAAGGUUUUCUGAUAUUUGUCGAGAAACUGGGAAUCUGAUGUCCUGUUUUCCACUCGGACUACAAGGAUAGUUACUGUUGAUAUUGAGAGAUAUAUUUAUGGCUUAUUCUCUUGACUC